AUUUGUCACCUGUCAUUUAUGUGUAAAAGAAAGAUAAAGGUGUCCUCAAAACAUAUAAUUAUUUCUUUUCAAUUAAAAAGACAUAAAUUUCACAUUUAAAAUAUUUUUCAAUGGAUUUAAAUCUAUAGCUUUCGUCAACAUUAUUACCUAAUAAUUAAAUUAGUUAGCAAUGAUGGAAGAAGCAUCAAACGCUGAUAUUUGCAGGGUGUGCAGAUCUGAAGGUUUAUCCGACAGACCUCUGUUUCAUCCUUGUAUAUGUACAGGAAGUAUUAAGUGGAUUCACCAAGAAUGCUUGAUGCAAUGGAUGCGAUAUUCUAGAAAAGAAUACUGUGAACUUUGUGGUCAUAGAUUCUCAUUUACUCCUAUUUAUUCCCCCGAUAUGCCUAGGAGGCUACCCGUUAGAGACUUAGCUGCUGGUUUAUUGUCUUCAAUUGCAACUGGAGCUAAAUAUUGGUUCCAUUAUACUUUAGUAGGUACUGCUUGGUUGGGAAUCGUACCGUUAACAGCUUGCAGAAUUUACAGGGCUUUGUUUGCUGGUACAGUCGACGCAAUUCUGACCUUACCAUUCGACAUGAUGUCAUCGGAAAAUAUAGCUUCCGAUAUAUUCCAAGGUUGUUUCGUUGUUACCUGUACUCUAUUCGCUUUCGCCGGAUUGGUAUGGUUAAGGGAACAAAUAUUACACGGCGGGGGACCGGAUUGGUUACAAAGAGACAACGUCAUCCAAGACGAACCUCCGAGAAUUUUAGAAAACAUCGCCGAGGAAUUAGCAGAAGACAACGCUCAAAUACAAGACGCAGGUCCUGUGGUUGAAAAUAAUCCCGAGCAACAGGAAGAAGGUGAUGUUAACGUAGGUGACGAUAACAAUUGGAUACCUAUGGAAUGGGAUAGAGCAGCCGAAGAGAUAACUUGGGAACGGUUGUUGGGUCUCGAUGGAUCUUUAUUAUUUUUGGAACACGUAUUUUGGGUUAUAUCGUUGAAUACUCUAUUUAUUUUGAUAUUCGCUUAUACGCCUUACCAUAUGGGACUCUUAACUUUAUCUCUGUUUAAUAUGAGAGAUGCGGCUGCUGCUAGUCAUUUUGAAGGUCUAUUAACAACUUUAGUAGGUUAUUGCGCAGUAGGUAUUUGGUUCAUAUUAUUACACAGAAUAGCAGCUUGGAUGAAUUUCAAUAAAACCAAAAGGAUAAUGGGACUGUGUUACGUGGUUGUAAAAGUAUCGAUGCUAAGUGUGGUGGAAAUCGGGAUAAUUCCGUUAGUCUGCGGAUGGUGGUUGGACAUCUGUUCGUUAACGAUGUUCGACGCCACUUUGAAAGAUAGAGAAAGUACAUUCCGUUCGGCCCCCGGUACUUCGAUAUUCAUCCACUGGUUGAUAGGGAUGGUGUACGUUUAUUAUUUCGCUUCGUUUAUUUUAUUACUAAGGGAGAUACUACGUCCGGGGGUGUUGUGGUUUCUACGUAAUUUCAACGAUCCCGAUUUCAGUCCGAUACAAGAGAUGAUCCAUCUACCGAUAUUGAAACACGUCAGGAAACUGCUUAUUUCGGCUGUUAUUUUCGGUAGCGCCGUUUUGUUGAUGUUGUGGUUACCUAUAAGGAUUUUGAAGGUGAUUUUACCUUCGUUUCUACCUUAUACGGUGUCUUUGAAUAAUAACGAUUCUCAAGUUAACGAAUUGUCUUUGGAACUGUUGUUGUUGCAAGUUAUACUGCCCGCGUUGUUGGAACAGUCGCACACCAGGAUAUGGUUGAAAGGUCUAGUGAGGAAUUGGUGUCGGGUUGUGGCGUGGGUUUUGAAUAUUCAUUCGUAUCUCUUGGGGGAUGACGAUAAAAAGGAGAAUCAAGAUGGAGAACAAGACGGAAACAAUCAACCCGAAGUUGGAGCCGGAUUGGGGGCGGUGCAUCAAGCUUUAUUGAUGAUGGAACCUCCAUCAGGUUUCCAACCGUACGUACGUCCAUCGUUUUUCGUAGCUCGACUCGUAGGUCUAUUACUAAGCAUCUGCGUAUCCUUAGUAAUAUCGAGUCUGAUAGCUUUGACGGUACCCGUAUGGUUAGGUCGAAGCGUAAUGUCUCUAUGGUUGGUAGGAGCCCCGCCACCGGCUCCCCAAAUCUCCACCACCGACGCCCAAACCGAAGUAAAAGUACACGAACUGUACACGGCGGCCUGCGGUUUGUAUCUGUGUUGGUUGGCCGCGCGGGCGGUUAGUCUAGUCCUGGGAUGGUUACCGCAGGGUAGGGCCGCCAUGAUGGACCGUCUAAAACAAUGGUGCAUACUAGGAUUGAAGACGAUAGUAGCCAGUACAAUCCUGCUAGGGAUAAUUCCGCUGUUGUUCGGUUUAUUGCUCGAAUUAGUGUGCAUCGUCCCGCUCAGAGUGCCGAUACACCAAACACCCAUUUUGUUUAUAUGGCAAGAUUGGGCCUUGGGGGUUCUGUAUACCAAAAUAGCUUGCGCUAUCACCAUGAUGGGUCCGGAUUGGUUUUUGAGAGCCGCCAUCGAGAGGGCGUAUCGAGAUGGUAUCCGCGACAUGAAUUUGACUUUUAUUUUCCGCGAACUAGCGGCUCCGGUCAUCGUCAGUUUCGGUUUGGCUUUGGCAACGCCGUACGUUAUCGCUUAUUCUUUGGUACCACUGUUUGUAACUAACGUCCAAUUGAGAAAUUUCGUCGCCAGGAGAUUGUAUCCUUUCCUACUUUUGGUGUUCGUCGUGGCCCUGAUCAUUCACUGUCAAAUUAGACAGUUCAGGAAGUUGUACGAACACAUCAAGAACGAUAAAUAUCUGGUGGGACAGCGGUUGGUGAAUUACGAUCAUAGAAAAAAGACCGGUUGAUACGACAAUCGCAUUUAUUAUAUUAUUCUAUGGACCGAUUUCGAACAUUCGAAAUGUGUAUUCUUAUUAAUACGACCGUCAGUCGAAAAAUUGUUGAUGUAAUAUAAGUGGAACUCUUAAAUUAUAUCAAAUCUAAGUUGGAAACAUAUUUACUACUUCUACUACCUCGAUAGACACCCUAUCUGGUCCUUCGAGUCAUCAGAUUCUUCGUAUCCGGCUCGAACGACCAGAUAGGGAGAUAAUUCUUCUUCUAGGGGACACACUGUAUAUUACCCUAACACCAUUACACGCAUUUCUUGCCGUAUCUGGUCCUUCGAGCUUUCUAUGGGUUCGUAUCAGGCUCGAAGGACCAGAUAGGACAUUAAUUGUGAUUGUUAGUAUUGUGGUAAUUGAGUAUGUGUCGAUUCGGUCUAAUUGUGGUACCAGUUUCUUGACAGGACACACUGUUUAUUACCCUAAUACCAUUACAUACAUUUCAUGUCGUAUUUGGUCCUUCGAGCUAGAUAUAAACGCAUAGAAGGCUCAAAGAACUAGUUAAGGGAAUAGUUCCUCUUUUAGAUGUCUUAUAGGACACACUGUAUAUUACCGUAACAGUAGUACACACAUUUCUUGCCGUAUCUGGUCCUUCGAGCCUUCUAUGGGUUUUUAUCCUGCUCGGAGGACUAGAUAGGACAAUAAUUGUGAUUAUUAGUAUUGUGGUGCUUGAGAAUGAUUUAAUUCGGUCUAAUUGUGGUUCUAGAUAUUGGAUAGGACACAUUGUAUACUACCCUAACUCCAUUACACACAUUUCAUGUCGUAUUUGAUCCUUCGAGCCGGAUAUAAACCCGUAGAAAGCUCUAUGGACCAGUUAAGACAUUAAUUCCUCUUUUAGAUGCCUUAUAGGACACACUAUAUAUUAUCGUAACAGCAGUAAACACAUUUCAUGCCGCAUCUGGUCCUUCGAGCCGAAAUAAAAUCAUAGAAGGCUCGAAAGACCAGAUAGGACAAUAAUUCUUCUAAAUGCGUAGUUUUCACUAUCGAACUAAAAAUAAACCUAUAGAAGGCUCGAAAGACCACAAAACGUGUUAAUUGUGAUUUUUAAUGUUACGGUAAUGCCUAAUUGUGAUUCUAUACGUUUGUCAAGAGACAAUAUUUAUUAUUACUACAAUCAUAAGUGGAAAUUACUACCUUAUCUGGUCCUUCGGGCCGGAUUCAAACCUAUAGAAAGCUAGGAAGAGUGGUAAAUGUGAUUUUUGGUGUUGUGGUACUAAAUUGUUUUCCUUUGUGUUUGAUUGAUCACGUUGUUUAUUACUACUAUGCUACAAAUGAAAAUUAUUCCCUUUCCUGGUCCUUCGAGCCGGAAAUGAAACCAUAAACGACUCGAAAGAGUCUUCUGAGCCUUCAGGAGGCUUCAAUCUGGUUCAGUGCACUUAAUAGGCGACAAUUGUGAGUGAUUAGACUGAAUGUUUACAAAAACUACGCCUACACUCAUGAUGAUUACCUUAUCUGGUCCUUCGAGCCGGAUAUGAAACCAUAACGACUCCAAAACCGAGAUAUUGUAAUAAUCGUGAGUGUUAGUGUUAUUUUAAUAUACAGCAGGUUUAAUUAGUCGCUUAAAAUCACAAUUAGACAAAUUGAACACACUAUUGAUCACCAAAAAACUAAAAGUCAUACUCAUUGUAGUCAAUUGAGCCUUCGAGAGGUUCAAAAGACUAAAUAAGGUGAUAAUAGUGGAUAAUUAGACGCCUAUGUUUACGAUUAUUACCCUAUCUGGUCCUUCGAGUCGGAUAUGAAUCUAAUGAAGGCUCGAAGGACCAGAAUGUGUGAUAAGUAUUGAUAUAAUGGUAGUAAAUAGUGUGUUGAGUGUACGCAAUCUAAUAAAAUUAAUUCCAAUGUCGUUUACUCAUUAUACUCUUAUCAAAAAUGGUAGUGUUGUAUUAAGGAAUUAAUUUUUUUUCAUCAAUUACGUUAAUUUUUGGGAAAAUUUUUAUUACACUUAUUGAAAUAAAUCAACUUUCUGUCAUUAAUUGGUCGUUAUUUUUUGGUUUUGACUUUUGGCUGCACCCCAAAAUUGUUUAUUUCCGAUAUUUUAUAUUAUACAGGGGUAAAAUAAUUUUUUGUGGUUACAAAUGGAAAACGUUUUAGUUUCUCUAUGAUUUUUAAUAAAAUAAAUGGUUUUUGGUGUAUUAAAAGUUUGUUCAAAUAUAUACAGUGUGGCUAAAAAUCAGUUUCCUUUUAGUGCUUCAGUUGACUUUAAAAAUACUAUAGAAAAAAAAAUUGUAGUAGAUUCGAAUUUUAUCAAACAUUCGUAAAUAUUUUUAUGAAUAAAUUUAUAAAUAUUUUAUUUUUUUGAAUUUUUGGGAUAUAAAUAAAUGUAUUGGGCCAAAUUUUGAAUGUAGUAAUAUAGUAAUAUUUUCAAGAACCACUUAUUGGAAUAUUAGUUUAGUUUUUCAAUUCAUAAUAAUUGUUUCUGUAUAUAAAAUAAUUUAUUUUUAUUGAUUAAAAAAAUUUUCAUCGACAA